AUGGAAACGCGCAGUAUGCCUCUCGAAAAUCGACCGCGACUUCCCCGCAUAGCCCUAAGCAAGCAGAAUCGGGCUGUCGUGAGGGCUCUGAACCCAAUGCUGGUGACCUAUUUGGAAGCCAGCCGGGACGCGCAAGGCCAGCAGCAAAAACUGACGGAGCGCAUAGACGACCUGAAGCAGAGAAUCGCUGCUUGGGGAAAGCGAAUUCGGCGAUAUACCGAGAGGUCGACACGGUUCAACCAGAAUCGUCUCUUCCAGAGUGAUCAGAAGAGGCUCUAUAAAUCAUUGGAGCGACCAAUGGUAAGUGAAACGGGCCCAGUACCGAAUUAG